CUACAAAUUUUAAUUUUCUCUCCUCAUCUGAAAGGAGGUUGCGCCUCACAUCUCUCUCCUUUCCAUUUUCAGAUGAAAUCGCCGCUUCUCCUCUUUUUCCCGUGGUAGGCAAAGGCAAUAGUAGACAUCACCCUCUGUCUCUCGCUCUCUUUCCCUCCUCUUUCUUUUCUGGUAAUAUCGGGAAGAGGCAUUCUCCUCAUCUUUCCCUCCCUUCCUAGCGAGAACCAUCAGACAAUGGUGCAUCCUUCUCACUUCCUCUUCGUCCAACAAGGACCACAGGCGAAAUAGGUGAGGCAACCUAAUGGCAUCGACCUCUUUCCUUUUUUUCGCGAGGAAAACAAUUGAUGAGCCAGAAUAACAACGAAGCGACCUCCGAGUUCGAUAGCAACAAACAAGAGCACUCUGUCACUUCGAUUAUAGUGCUCCGGUCUAAGACAAAGUAUGGUCAUCUUAAAGUCGAGGACUUUAGCUUACGAAAAGAGUGAUCUCAACAGAUCAAUCCAGAUAAUCAUGACUCUACAAAGAACAGUCAGAGGUCGUCUAUAUAGGAGGAAUGUUAAAUCUCGUAAGCAAGGGAUACCCAAUGCACCUGAGGUGAAACCCCAAGGAGAACUUACUGAUGUCGAGUUUAGAGAGGAAACAAGAAUGCUCAGUCAAGUUCUUACUAAUCAGUUUGGGAAACAGAGGGGAUAUAGGCAGGUGGUAGUUGAUACUAAAAGUAUCUUUGAGUUUUUAAGAAUGACUCCUCCAAGCUUCAUUGGUUCAAUCACUAUGAAUGAUCCGGAGAACUUCAUUGAGGAGCUGAAAAUGGUAUUUUAUGUGAUGCAUGUUGCUAAUACAGAGAGUGUUAUGCUAGCUGCAUAUCAAUUGAAGAGUAUAGAUAGGAGUUGGUUUGAUUAGUGGAAGGAGGGUUGAGAUGAUGAUGCACCACCUUCUUGUUGGGCUUGUUUUGAGGAGGCCUUCUUGGGGCGUUUCUUUCCCCGAGAACUAAAAGAGUCUAAGGUAUGAAAAUUUCUUACCCUUAAGUAGGAUUCUCUUAGUGUUCAUGAGUAUGGGUUGAAAUUUACCCAACUACCCUGAUAUUCCCUAGAGUUGGUUGUAGACAUCAGGAGUAGACUAAAUUUGUUUAUUGCUGGGUUGUCUCAUAUCUCAAGUAAAGAAGGUAGAGCUCUGAUGAUGAUAGGCGACAUGGAUAUUUUGCGAUUGAUGGAUUAUGUGCAGCUUUUUUAGAAAGAGAAGCUCAGGGAUAGAGAAAUGUUUAACAACAAGAGGGACAAGAAAGGAAAUGAGUUUGGGUAGUAUAAGAGUAAUACUAACCGGUCAUUUUUCCAACAGAUGCAAAAGGGACCUGGUCCAUCAUCUGCUAGUGCACCUACACCUAAGAACAAAGACGAGUACAAUAAUCAAAACUUAAGAGCUUAACCUGCUUAUUCUCAAGGUAGCAUGGCACAAGGGGGUAGUAAGUCUCAUACAUGGGCCAAGUGUGGUAGGAAUCAUUCAGCUACUUGUUGUGAGGGAUCCACUUCUUGUUUCAAGUGUCGUCAGAAUGGGUAUUUCAUGCAAGAGUGUCCAAAGAACAAUCAGGGAAAUGGUAAUGGGGAAAUGGAUCCCAGUCUUCUUCAGUUGAUCCAUAAGGAAGAGCUACACCUAAAAGGGCUAAUGUCAGUCCUAGUGGGGUAACAAACCACUUAUAUGUUGUCAAUAGUCGCCAAGAGCAAGAGGAGUCACUAGAUGUUGUCACUGUAUGCUCUAAGUCUGUGAUCUUACUUUUUAUGCUUUUCAAGAUCCAAGAGCGAUUUUAUAUUUUUUAAAUCCUUAUGUUGCUAUGAAUUUU